UCAUAGAUAAAGACCGGUCCAACGAGGCCAAACCAUUUAGAUCAUAUUCAGUCAAUCCAUUAUUCAAUUCAAUCGUCUUUAUCUAUGAUCCAAUCAUACGGAUAUUUACGUAGAGACAGUGAAGCAGAAGAGCGUGUGCUGUAUGUGCGGCAUUUUCAAAUUGAAAAAAGCGCUGUAAACAUUUAUUCGUUACGAGUAACAUUCGAGUUUUCGAAAAUAAUAUAUAAAAUAAUAGUAAUAAUAAUAAUAAUAACUCUUUCCUAGUUACCCGUUUUGGUAAAUAGAAGUUUGUUUUGAUUAGCUUAACGUAACCUCAAACUCAAUUGCGCAUGUCAUUUAAACAGCGAGUCAGGUUGGCUUAUAUGCGCUAGUUUGAUUGAUCUGAGUUGUCUUCAUCUAUGGAUCUGCCAAUGUCAAUCGCCAUUAGCUGACACCACGCUGACACUGUCUUUCAGAUAUCAGCAGUGUUUUCUAUUUAAUUUACCGGAAUAUGUGCUAAAUAUUUCCUUAUUGCUUUUCAAUUUCAGCAGUGUGAGAAUCUUAGUGCACAAGUAGCGUUUUGCGGAUUUUGUUACCAAUAGCGGUUUGUCUGUGCAGAAUGGAAAACCCAGCUCAAAGGCCUAGAUGCUACUUCGAUGUGGCAAUUGGGGGCCUGAAUAGUGGCCGAAUAGUUUUCGAGUUAUUCGCAGACGUGGUUCCUAAAACUGCUGAAAAUUUCCGAUCUCUAUGUACGGGGGAAAAGGGCUUAGGCAGUGAGACCGGAAAACCACUUCACUACAAGGAUGUGGUGUUCCAUAGAGUGGUUAAGGAUUUUAUGAUACAAGGAGGUGAUUUCACUAAUGGAAAUGGAACUGGAGGCGAAAGUGUCUACGGAGGCACUUUUGAGGAUGAAAAUUUUACUAUGACCCAUGAUAAGCCAAUGUUGCUCUCAAUGGCAAACAAAGGCAAAGACACUAACGGGUCUCAGUUCUUCAUUACAACGCAACCGGCCCCACAUCUCGACAAGGUUCAUGUGGUGUUUGGAAGAGUAGUGAGUGGAGCGGAUGUUGUGCGUCAAAUUGAAAGUUUACCAGUUGAUGCCAAUAGUAGACCCUUGCAGGAUGCCAAAAUUAUCAAGUGCGGAGAACUCAUCAAGCAAGCUAAAGCCAAGAAGGUCCGAAAGGAGGAGAAGGAAGAAGGAGAGAAUAGCGAUUCAGCCGGUUCAGAUGAGGAAGUUAAAAAAUCCAAAAAGCACAAGAAGUCAAAGAAAAGCAAGAAAUCCAAGGAAAAAGCCGAUAGUGGCAAGUCCGAGGAGGAAGAGGAAGGCGAACUGACUGAGCCCCAUUGGCUGGUAACACUAACAGACAUCAAGCCGGAGGAAAUCCCGGAAAUUCCUUCCCAGAAAUUCUUGAUGCGAGGCGGCCCGCCUAAAGAGAGGGAAGAGAAGGAUUCGAAAAAACGAGGAGAUCGUGACCGUGAUCGUGAUAGGGGAAGCGAUCGCUUUAAAAGAGAGCGCUAUGACAGUAACGGAAAAAACUAUUCCAGAAGGAAACGCCCCUUUUUAACCACCAAAAGUGGCAGAACUAUAAAAGGUCGUGGACGAUUUCGAUUCCACACGCCUUCGAGAAGCAGGUCACGGAGUGUUACCCCGUUCUACUGGAGACAGGAGGAAAAGCGCGUUAUUAAGUAUUCCGAAUUGGAGAAACUGGAGGCGGACAAAAGGAAAAAGCAAGAAAAGUUGGAUAUUCUUGCAAUCUCCCAAACACGGCGUCAUUAUCCAUCUGGCACGCCACCAACUUCGCCGCCCAGACGAGGCGAGAAACACCGCGAAGUUGACUACAAUGCCCUAGACUACGAAGACAACCCGUCAGAGGAGGAUGUUCCUCGAAAAGAUGUCCCAAGCCUUGUGCAGUAUCCUUUGCCUGGAUCCUACAAAGAAUUUAAAAGCGUGGAAAAGAGAAACGACGCUCAGGAGAAACAACCGGAGCAAGUGGUCAACGAAAGAUCCGAUAUUCUAGCUAUGGCUUUAGGAGUGCAGAUCAAGACGGGUGAAGAUCCGCCCACAGGGGAAGUAGUCUUUAGCGGAUAUGCCAAGAAGCAACAGCAGCAGCAGCAGCAGUUGCAACAAUUCGACAAGUUGGAUCAGGUUAAUGUGCGCUUGAUGAAAAUGGCAGGACAGGAACCGCCCAAACAUUUAGGCAACAACUGGCAAAGAGGCGGCGAUUUAAAUGAGAAAAUCAGAGGCAGGAACAAGUUCGAGAUUGAAAAACCAACCAAUAAUAAGGACAGGAGAAAUUUCCAAGAUUCUGAUUCUCAUCCAAAUGGGCGACAGCAUCAAGAGCAUCACUCUAGAAGACACGACCGUCCAUCAGAGACCACAAGAAGCCGCAUUCAGGUGGUAAACAAAGACCAAAGUGAGCGGGAAAAUCGGGACGUUGACGACAAAGACGCUCGAAGCAGACAAGAAAGAGGUGGCCGAAAGCCCAGAAGUGCAUCUCGCGAUAGGAGCCGUCGACAUCGCCACGGCAACAGCGAGCGCAGGAGGAGCGAGGACAAGAAGGAAGCAUCCAAGUCACCAGAAGAGGCAAAGGUCGAAAAGGAUGUUCCGAAAAAACUGGACGAUGCUGAGGCCGAAGAAAAAUACAAAAAGCUCCUAAUUCUGCGCAAGAAAAUGGAAUUACUGGAGCUGAAAAAGAAGCGCGAUGAGGAACAGCAGCGCUUAUUGGAAGAGAGGCACCGCAAGGCGAAAGAGGAGCAGGACAUGUUGGAAAAGGCCAAGAAGGCCAAACGCGAAGUUAUAGAGAAGGAAAAGCUGCUGAAGACCAUGAAGGUGUUGCAGCAGAUUGAGCAGAAAACCCCCGCUAGGAGAAGAGGCAGUUCCAGUUCUUUGUCCUCGUCGAGCAGCAGCGACGAUUCUAGGGACAAAAAAAGAAGAAAGAAAACGAGUAACCGAAGAUCGCGGUCUCGCUCCAGGGAUAAGCCGAGAAGAAGAUCGUACAGCAGUUCUAGUUCAAGCUCAUCCAGAAGUCGAAGAACCAGGAAGCGACGACACUAGGUUAUAGAAACCUGUUAGAUAUCAAUACUUUUCACCUUUCGCUUAUUAUUCGCGUAUCGUUUUUGCUUUGAUUGGUUUUUACUCUUGAUUUGUUUUCAUGGUUAGUCGUGGGAUAAACUUAAUAUACAUAUUAGUAAUGAAA